GAAUACGCAAAUACAUUGCAACAGCUGAGAUAAUUACGCAUUUACAUUAUAGCAAAUCUGUGACAACAACGAAGAAAAGUGAGCAUUUUGACGCUGUCUUUACAUGAUAAGAAACGUGUUUAAUAACUAUGAUGAGAAGUUUGAUCUGGAUAACUAUCGCGUGUACGUUAGCGAUUGUUGCUCCGCUUUCUGAAGCUGAAUGCGAGGGAAAGAUGCGAACAAAUUGUACAGCACACAACGACUGUGGUGCAAAGGAGGCUUGUAUGACGCCACCAAACGGCCUAUCGCAGUGCUAUGCGUGUCCCUGCAACGAAAAAAGUCAAUGUGAAUUCAUUCCGAACAAAGGCAGGCAAUGGCAAUGUAACUGUGGAAGCAGCGGUUUCAGUGGAAGAGUUUGCGAUUGCCCACCGACUACGCCCGCAGUAUGCCAAAGUUAUACAAAUGAAUUUGUGGUGUUUACCGGUUAUUUCUAUGACGGUGAUGGAACAGAAACUAUAAAUGAAGAUUUGGCCGAUUGCAAGAGUUAUUGCUUGGACACUAUGGCCAAUUGUGGCAUGUUUUCUUACGACAGUGAACAACAAAACUGUACACUGUUCAGCAAAUCUGAUACACCCAAGUUUCUGAAAGAUGCUGUGGCUAAUAUCCUAUAUACUGCUAAUCAAAAUCAAGUGCAGAUAAGAAAAUGUGCAACAUGAGACGCGUGAACACAGAUACAUAUUAGCAAUUAUAAAAUGUAGGACAAUAAAUAACUGAAUAAAUUAUAAUUCAAAACACAA